AUGGACAAACCUAACGGUGUCCAGGAUGUCCUUUACUUCAGCGCGAAUUUCUAUGGCGGGGUUUCCCACUUCAUGGUCUUAGUAAGGUCAAUCAUCGACCUUCUACAGCCAGAAUCUCCAUCUCUUACCUCGGAAGACAGAGAUGUCAAUAACCCUAUGCCUAACCGAGGAGGCAAUGGAUUGGCCCCUGGGGAUGCCAGAUUCAAACCUGUGGUACCAUGGCCUCAUGUUGAAGGAGUAGAAGUGGACUUAGAGUCUAUUAGAAGAAAAAACAAGGCCAAAAAUGAACAGGAACGCCAUGCUGGAGGAAAUGCCCAAAAAGACAUAAUGCAGAGGCAGUAUCUCACAUUUAAGCCUCAGACAUUCACCUACCGUGAUCCUGUGCUACGCCCAGGCAUCCUCGGUAACUUUGAACCCAAAGAACCUGAGCCUCAUGGAGUGGUUGGUGGCCCUGGAGAGGAAGCCAAGCCAUUGGUUUUGGGACCAGAAUUCAAACAAGCAAUUCAAGCCAGCAUUAAAGAGUUUGGAUUUAACAUGGUGGCAAGUGACAUGAUCUCACUGGACCGCAGCGUCAAUGACUUACGUCAAGAAGAGUGCAAGUAUUGGCAUUAUGAUGACAACCUGCUCACGUCAAGCGUGGUCAUUGUCUUCCAUAACGAAGGAUGGUCCACUCUCAUGAGAACGGUGCACAGUGUGAUCAAAAGGACACCACGAAAGUAUUUAGCAGAAAUCGUGUUGAUUGAUGAUUUCAGCAAUAAAGACCACUUAAAAAAAAAACUGGACGACUAUAUUAAACAGUGGAAUGGCCUAGUGAAAGUAUAUCGAAAUGAGAGAAGAGAAGGGUUAAUCCAAGCACGGAGCAUUGGUGCCCAGAAGGCUAAGCUUGGACAGGUUUUGAUAUACCUUGAUGCCCACUGUGAGGUAGCAGUUAACUGGUAUGCACCACUUGUAGCUCCCAUAUCUAAGGACAGAACCAUUUGCACUGUGCCGCUUAUAGAUGUCAUAAAUGGCAACACAUAUGAAAUUAUACCCCAAGGGGGUGGUGAUGAAGAUGGGUAUGCCCGAGGAGCAUGGGAUUGGAGCAUGCUCUGGAAACGGGUGCCCCUGACCUCUCGAGAGAAGAGACUGAGAAAGACAAAAACUGAACCGUAUCGGUCUCCAGCCAUGGCUGGCGGAUUAUUUGCCAUUGAACGAGAGUUCUUCUUUGAACUGGGUCUCUAUGAUCCAGGGCUCCAAAUCUGGGGUGGUGAAAACUUUGAGAUCUCGUACAAGAUUUGGCAGUGUGGUGGCAAACUGUUGUUUGUCCCUUGUUCCCGUGUUGGGCACAUCUACCGUCUUGAAGGCUGGCAGGGAAACCCUCCACCGCUCUAUGUUGGGUCGUCUCCAACUCUAAAGAAUUAUGUUAGAGUUGUGGAGGUUUGGUGGGAUGAAUAUAAAGACUAUUUCUAUGCUAGUCGUCCUGAAUCAAAGGCACUACCCUAUGGGGAUAUAUCCGAGCUGAAGAAAUUUCGAGAAGAUCACAACUGCAAAAGUUUCAAGUGGUUCAUGGAAGAAAUCGCGUAUGACAUCACUGCACACUACCCUUUGCCCUCCAAAAAUGUGGAAUGGGGAGAAAUCAGAGGCUUUGAAACUUCAUACUGCAUUGACAGCAUGGGAAGAACAAACGGAGGCUUUGUGGAGCUGGGGCCCUGCCACAGGAUGGGAGGGAAUCAGCUUUUCCGAAUCAACGAAGCAAAUCAGCUGAUGCAGUAUGACCAGUGUUUGACAAAGGGCCCUGAUGGAUCAAAAGUUAUGAUUACACACUGUAAUCUAAAUGAAUUUAAGGAAUGGCAAUAUUUAAAGACCCUGCACAGAUUUACUCACGUUCCUUCAGGAAAAUGCUUAGACCGCUCAGAGGUCCUGCAUCAAGUGUUCAUCUCCAGCUGCGACUCCAGUAAAAGGACACAAAAGUGGGAAAUGAAUAACAUCCACAGUAUUUAGGAAGAAUAAAGGAAACCAAUAAUCUACCUACUGACAAGUAAAUUUAUACAGGACUGAAAACCGCCUGGAACCUGCUGCAACCAUUAUUAUUAACUCUGUACAGCUCCAAACCUGGAACCUCGGAUCAGUUUGAAGGACAUUGAUAAACUGUGAUUUUACAAUAACAUUAUCAUCUGCAGUUACUGUUUACAAAACUGCUUUUACCUUAAACUUUGUAGAUGUUUACAUCUUUUCUGUUUCAUUUUCAGAUGAUGUUGGUUAUUUGUGCUUUUCCCUCUGUUUUUGUUACAAAAGAGUGAAAAGCAUCUUGUUUCUUUGGGAUUACACUCAGGGGUCUGACAGGCAGUUUGAUAUAUAUAUAUUUUUUUUAAACGCACUUGAAAAAAUAAAGGUUGGAGUAACCAGGCUAUCCUAAGUAGCUGGGUGAUUAUCAACCUGUUGUGUCUUUAUUUAAUUUUACAUCUUUUUGGAGCACUGCCACAGGUGGUUAGCCAAGGUGGCCUGCCUUCAUAGUCAUGCUGCUUUUCUGAAAGGUGAAAUUCAACACAUUUAGUGCCUCCUUUAUUUCUCAGUAUAUUUUUGAAGAGCUUUUGAUGAAAUUAACAGGAUGGCAAUGAUUGGGUGAACUGUCAUCAGUGUGAGGAAUACUUUUCUACUCAGAAAUGAAUUUGUUUGCUAUGAAGUUGCACAGCCUGAGUAAGAAAUGACAGUGUGGAGCAUACCAAGGCUGUUCCAUAAGGUGUGAGGGGUAAGUGGCAUCAACUCCCGUACAGGCUGGAUUCUCCAUGCCAUCUGCUCUCCUAGGAGAGCAAUGGGGUUUUCCAAUGAGGGGAAACAUUGUCCACCUACAUCUGGGAUCUCCUUUUCUCCAGUCCCUGUCACUGUAAGAAACAAAAGUAAUUUUCAGUUUGGGAACUUGAAAGUAAGGGGUAAUAAAAACAACAAAACUCCAGUUCAAACACAUCCAAGAAUUCCCAAGCCCUUACUAAAUUAAGUCAAGAAAAUUUAGGGGGCAUUACUAUUCAGGCUGUGCAAUCUGUAAAACCAAGAGGGAAUUGACAUUUCAUUUUUAAUCUUUUUUAAUCUAAAUAAAAUUCCAUGUAUAGUUUUCAAUUUUUAAAAAUUCAUAAACAAAAGUGGAUUACCUUUCUGUUCAAUUGGAUGUAAGUUCUCUAGUAUUCCUUCAUUUGAGGAAACAUUUUUAUUAGUAUUUUUUCCAGUGAAAAGAAGAUUUGUUUGAAUUUGAACAUUUAUUAAGACAGUACUUACUAUAGGAGACCAAACACUGCAAAUGGUCAAUUCAACUUUUUAAUUUCUAAGUAGCCUUUUAUUCCCCAAAAUAUUUAAAUACCCAAGUUGAGUGCUUAAAGUAAAAUGUGAUAACGUGGGGCAUGGCAGGUAAUUAAGCAUUUUCAAUCUUAUAAUCAUGGUGUCAUUACAAUGCAAAGAACUUACAAAGUACUGCUAGAGGGAACUAUUUAUAAUUAAAGCUUAAAAAACAAAUGAACAAACACUCUACAUUAGUUUCUUCCCAGCUUAGUUCUUCAAUUUGGAGAAUAAAAGGUAAACAUUCCAAACAGUUUUAUUUAUAAUUUUGAAUUGUCAAUUUGAAUUUUGCUAUUGAUCUGUGAUCAACCAUUUUAACUUUCACUCAUCUCUAGAGAUAUUUAAAAAUAAAUACGUUUAUAUGCUUAUAUAAUUGUGAAAUAAAUCAACUGUUUAAAAAGGAGAGAAUUUGUAAUUACUUGUGUGUUUGCAAGUAGACACCAUUUUCCAUGUUGAAUAGAUUAUAACUGUUAUCUAUGCAUAGGCCUAAGAAAGGUGGCACAUAAACUGUGCAUGUAAUUUCAUGGGUAAAUUAAAAUGUGGGUUUUUCUUAGUGUGACUCAUUAAGAACAACAACAAAAAAAAAAAAAAACAGAAGAUAUUCUGUGACUAUACUAUAUAUUGAAGUCAAAAACCUUACCAAACAUGGAAAACAUCAAAAACUGCUGCCAUACUGACUGUUUUCUACUAUAGGCUGCUUUGGAAAUAAUUCCCAUAUUGUUGCUUUGUAAGUUAAUAUCACUAUGCAUUUCUACACAUUUUAUAAAUUUGAUUUAUGAAGAUUUUGAUACACUGUAUGUUUCUGUAGAAAUUAUAUAAAUAUUCAAGAUUUAUUAGGGUAAAUUUGAGAAGCUAAUGUAUCUUAAUUCUGGGUUGCUUGUUUUUUAGGUGAGGAAAAAAAUAAAAUAUUCUAUUUUAAUUCA